CAUAAACAUUGUGCAGUAAAAAUCAAACAUGACUUUAGUGAAGUUUUUAUUUAUAUUAUUAACAAUUAAAUUUUCUUUAUCUUUAUCUAUUUUACCAAGUCGAUAUGAAUUCAGAAAAAUAAGAUUUAUUAACAAUGUGGGUACAAAUAAUAUACUAGAAGUACUUAUAUCACCAAAUUUUCUGGCUGAUGGUGAUACUAAAUUUUAUUUAAGUGAUGCUGACCAAACCCGUGAUGUGGGAGCAGGCAAUUAUACCAUUUAUGCCAAGCAUAUUUGGUGUCAUCUUCCCGAAUGCGAUAUAUAUGCCACAAAAGUACAGAUUUCAAUAGAGCACAUGGCUUCGAAUUUAGACCUAAUUUAUAUAGACCUUAGGGAUGGAUAUAAUUUCCCCGUUCAGGUUUUUUCAGAUUGUUCUUUCUGCGACAAUGCACAAAUUUUGUGCAACGAUAUUAUGCUUGAAUGUCCCAAAUCCACAAUGGUGUUACAGGAACGGGUAAUGAGUGAUAAAGUGUUACCUUUUUUUGUGGCAUGCAAAAAUGAAUUUGAUAGUUAUGAAAUGUUUCAAAAAUGUGAUAAUGCUGUUAUUUCAGAUAUGCAUCUCGUCACAAAUUACCACCACAUACCGAAAAAUACCAAUCGAACCGUUAUCAAGCAAUUACCAGGAAAAACUGCAAUCCGAAACGUAAACAAAACAUCGACCAGAAGCAACCACAAAUUGACCAACAACAGCCGCAAAAACGGUAACAAAAAUGUGGGAAUUCCCGCUACCACCCCGGAAUUGAUCUACGUUCCCAGAGUUUUCAGAUGGAUGGCCAACAAGGUUCGCUUCAAAUAUUUGCAGAAAAUGUGGGACCAAGAGUUCUCUGAAGGAGCUUUCAUAUUCGGAAGCACAAUGGCCGUGUGUCGCAUCACUGAAAUUGUCCAGUCAAAUGAGUACAUGGAACUAGAUGGCCUUUUAACCUCUUCAGCGAAGUUAAAACUUAUUGCCGACUUACAUACCAGAUUCACUCAGCAACAAAAAAGUAUAAUGGGUCUUAAACCACAAGAUAUUAAAAUUUUAGUUCCGGUCAGUGUAAAACUACUGAGGCAUGGUGGAGAAAAGAAAUGCAGGGUAAAUCUACGCAUUUUGGCGUUAAAAUGGUACAAGCAAUUAAAUGGAGUGGUGAAUUUGGUUUUGGUUGCUUUGCAAACGGAGUUUCAAAAAGAUUACAAAGAGCCUUGUUCCGACUGGACCAUCAGCAAUUUCGAUAUCUUGGACUGCACAAUGUUAAAGGAAGGAAAAAUUGGAAAAAUAUAAAUCAAAAUUGUAUUAUAAAGUAUUCAUUUGAAAUUUUGUUUGAAUAUUAUGUAGGGGUCUACAUUUUUAAGCUUAUUCGGAAUAAGUAAAGUUCAACACUUUAUAAAUAGGUGAAUAUUUACCUUGGCGAUGAUAUGGAAUGAUAUGGAACUUCAUUAUUAUGACCUAUCAGAUCUUGGUUGUUUUCUACAAUACCCCAGGGUGCAAUACCGAGGGUAUUGACUCGGCCAGUUCUUUGAGAUCUUUCUAGCAACAAGGCAUCUCCUACAUGUUUUGUAACCCCUGAAACAACAUUA